AUUUCAAACAAUUUAGUACUUACGUUUAUGGGAGAGUGUAUAUUACGAAUUGUCAAGGGAUAGUUGGUUGUCAGUUUGCGUCUAACAGAACUCUCGCAUCCAAAAUAAAGAUAAUUAUCAAUUCAGCAUUAAAUUUUAUCAUUAAAAAUUUGGAAGCUGCACCUCAGAAUGGCAGGCUUUGCUGCUCAGGCAGCAUUGAGGUCAAAGUGGAGUAAUUUGGUUGAGUCUUCCUCAUUUGAUGUACCUGGAGAGGUUUCGUCGGGUGUGAGAAGUGUUGUUGGAUGGCUGAAACAGGCGUCUCUAGAGGUACGCCAGGCAGGUCGGAGAACACUCACUACCUUGUCAGGUGGAGCUAUGGCUACUUCUCCCAUUACGAUUUUGCAUUAUAAUGAUGUAUAUAACAUCGAGUCCAGAGCAACGGAACCAGUGGGAGGAGCAGCAAGAUUCUGUACUGCAAUUAAAUCUUUCAGCCAUCUUAAUCCAUUAGUGCUGUUCAGUGGUGAUAUAUUUUCUCCAAGCAUGCUGAGUUCCUUCACAAAAGGAGAGCAGAUGGUUCCAGUCCUGAACGAGUGUGGCACACAUUGUGCUGUAUUUGGAAACCAUGAUUUUGAUUUUGGACUAGAAGUUCUUGGUGAAUUGGUGAAUCAGACUACUUUUCCAUGGCUGAUGUCAAAUGUUAUUGAUCAAGAGACUGGGAGGCCUUUGGGAGAUGGCCGAAUAACAUAUGUUGUUGACUGGAAUGGGAAGAGAAUAGGACUUGUUGGUCUUGUUGAAAAGGAGUGGCUGGACACACUUGCGACAAUAAACCCAGAAGAAGUAACAUUCCUUGAUUUUGUGGAAGCAGGCAAGAAAUUAGGAGCUCAGCUGAAGCAGGAGGGUUGUGACUAUGUUAUAGCACUCACUCAUAUGAGAAUGCCAAAUGAUAUUAAACUUGCUGAAGCUGUUGAAGAAAUUGAUUUGAUUCUGGGAGGACAUGAUCACAUUUAUGACAUUAGACAGUUACAGGUGAAUGGUAAAUAUGUUGUGAAAAGUGGGACAGAUUUUCGGCAAUUUUCAAAAAUCACUGUUACUUUUGAUAAAAACAAUAUUGAUGUUAACGUAGAAGAGAUUAAUGUUUCCUCUGAAUAUUGUGAGGAUGCUAUAUUGUCCAAAGCCUUGGAGAAAUAUUCAAGUAUCAUGGAAGGUAAAAUGGAUGAAGUUUUAGGAUCAUUUGCUGUUCCACUGGAUGGCAGAUUUGAAAGUGUACGAACUUGCGAGACCAAUUUGGGCAACUGGGUAUGUGAUGUUGUGUUAGCUGCAACUGGUGCUGAUCUGGUUUUAUUGAAUUCAGGAACAUUCAGGUCAGAUAUGAUCCACCCAGCAGGACCAUUUACUAUGAGAGAACUUGUUGCUGUAAUACCUAUGAUGGAUCCGUUACUAGUUCUUUCUGUCACAGGAAAUGAUAUACUCAGAGCACUGGAGAAUGGUGUUUCAAACUAUCCAAAGCUAGAGGGAAGAUUUCCUCAAGUAGCUGGUCUAAGCUUCGCUUUUGACCCAUCCAAAGCAGCGGGGCAGAGAGUAGAUCCUCAGCUGGUGCGCAUUGGAGAUGAGUACCUGAUUCCAGAUCAGCAUUAUCGCCUUGCAACAAAGUCUUACCUUUAUUCUGGCUGUGAUGGAUACACCAUGUUUAAAGAUGCCAAAAUAGUGGUAGAUGAAGAUGAAUGUCCUGAAUUGGGUUUAGCAAUUCAGAAUCACUUCCAUGCCAUAAAUAUGCGCCUGGGCAAAACUAAACGACAUUCAAAACACCGACAAAGCCUUGUCACUUUGUCUCGCAGACACAGCCUAGUAAAAAUGUUGGAUGGUGGUGAACUGGAUGGACCUACACCACUCCGCCGCUCAACUACUGUAGAUGUAGGCUCUGGUGAAGGGCCUCGACACUCCCCGAGUCCACCUCCUCAACCACGUAACCGUCUAACUCGGCGUGCCAGUCUCGAUGAUCUAGAGCAUGAGUCCUGUCAAUUGAUGCCACGUGUUGAGGGUCGAAUAGUGAUCCUUACUGAUCAGAAGCGCCAGGAACUAUUAUUGGAGCGGAAGAGGCUCGAGGAAGACUCAGUAAUACCAGAAGUAGAAGAUGAAUGUUCACCUCAGGGAAGCAUUGAUCAGUCGUAGUUUAUAUACAAAUACUUAAAGACAUGUUAGUUCAGUAUGUGAUUAACUAUAAAUUUUAAUACAGAGGAGAAUUAAAUAAAUGACAAUGGCUGUGGACGUAUUGCACAUUUACUGUUGGACUCAGUAUCUUUUUCCUUCUUUUGUAUACAGUAUAUGUGGUACCACUGAUAAUACUCAAAGUAUAGGAUGUACAAUAUUUUAUAUAAUUUUAAUUUUAUUAUCUAUUUGACUACCUCCUUAAACUAGACAGAUUUUGUUUCAAACUUCAGUUUUUGAAACAUUUUCUAGGUAACUGAUGGUGCUGUGUGUUAUAAUCGUACAUUAAAUUGUCAAAUUAUGCUAAUGUUUACCAGUAUUCUUGUACAAAAAUCUUGCACUUGAAAUUGCCAUAAUUAUAUUAUUAUCACUGAUUCUUUUAUUUUAUCACUUUUAAUUUAUUAAUUGUAAAUAAUGUGUACAAACAAGAAAUAUUUUAUAUUUGUUUAAUAGUAGUUAGAGAGAGUCUAAAAUGUGAGAAAAAAACAAAAUUGUGACCUAUUUGCUUGUGCAUAGACCUAUAUUGAAUUUUAAUUUCAAUUUGCUUUUGCAAUUUGGAACAUACAUGUAAAGCACAGUGGUAACAGUACAAAAUAUAUUUAUACCUUCAAAAGACAAUUCUUGGGAUUUAGAUUUCUGAUGUCAAAUAUUACUCUCAAAUAAUUGUUUGUUUUCCUUGUAACAAAAUAUGGUAUAUAAAAAAAUUAUAAUUAUAUUUGAUUUUUUCUCGUUAUAUUUUAGUGAUAGUAGCUGAGAAUAUUUCUCAAAAAAUUUAAUUUCAUGUAUCAUUUCAAUUAAAGUGCAGAGCAUGCCAUGUGAAACAAUACAGGACUCAGUGAAAAAAAAAACUUUUUCUGUAUAGAUAAAAAUUAUCAUCAUGAUAUUUGUUGGUAGCAAACAUUAUAUUUUGUACUUGAAUUCUUGUGAUUUUAGUAAUAUCCAAUACUUCAUUUUUUGUGUCAUCUUUUCAAAGCUUAUCAUGACACACACACACACACACACACACACACACACACUGUGCCCUCGGUACAUACUUUACGUUGAUUGCAGUUUUUGCACAGUGUUAGAAUUUUAAAUGCAAGAGCCAUGUUACAGGCUUAUUAAAGAAUAUAAAAUGAUGGUCUGCAGUCUUGUAAUGUGUCUCCGUCCAUUUUUUGUAACUUUCUGUUAAUAAUAUCAAAACAUAUGUACUGUUGUAGUAAUACAGUGCAGUAAUGAAUACAUUAAAAAGUAGUGACAAUUAUACUUGCUGUUUAUUGCAGCUUUUAAUGUAGUCCAGACAUGCACAGUCAUCAUUGUGUCUUGUCCUGUUUGAGGAAUUCUUGCUCAUUAUUAUCAAUGUAAGAAAUUUCUUAUCUUUGAAGUGAUCACUUAUAGGACGCUAUUCUGGGAGCAUCUCACUUGGAGAAAACAAUUUCAUUCGCUGGUGGUCACAAGUUUUCCUCUCACUUAUUGAAACUGAAAUAUAUUUCAAAACAGCUUUUUGGGUGUCCUAAAUUUGCAUUGUUUACCUUUUACUCGUUUUUAAAACCUCACAAAAAUACAUGGAACAUUAAUUGUUGUAUAAGCUGGUAGCUUACUCUUAUUAUUUUAUCCUAGGAGAAGCUAUUAUAAAAAGAAUUCUCUUUCUAUAUAAUAGCAGAAGCCUAAGCACAUAAAUCUGUGUUUCGUGCAUCCAAACUUGCUUAAGAGAGCCCUCUGUAU